CAAGUUCUCACAUGCUAGAGCUUCAGUGCAAAGCAAGAGCAUCCUGAGUUUGAGUAAAGUCGACUUAAGAUGGAUCCAGUCACGCUUAUUGGAGCUGGUGUAGGAGCAGUCGCAACAGUUGUUGCAGCUCCAGCUAUUCUUGGAUUGGCUGGUUUCACCGCAGGUGGGAUUGCUGCAGGUUCUUAUGCCGCCUCUAUGAUGUCAGCUGCCGCUGUGGCUAACGGAGGAGGCAUCGCAGCUGGAUCCGUGGUGGCAGCUCUACAAGCCGCAGGUGCUGCUGGAAUCUCUUUGGCAGGUCAAGCCGUGGUAGGGGCUGUGGGAGCCGCUGUGGGUGCCGCUGCAAGCAUGGCUAGCAACUGUACUUUGUAACUAGUUCAAUCUAUUGUAUCAGUAAUUAGUUCUAUAUAUCUAUCUAUCUAUAUGAUCAUUAUCCCACUGCCAUUAUCUCACUGAUCAGCAUCAUUUAGGAUGUUGUGCUGUAUCAGUAUCUUUAGGUUUCUGCUGUAAACUGCUGUUUAUGGCAGUAACUAUUAGCCCUCUCUGUAGUUAUCAUAAACUAAUUUGUGUAAUUCACUGUUAUAUCUCAGAGUUACUCAAACUGUCUUUAGGGGAGUUUUGCUGAAUAAUGAAAAGGGGUUUCUCACGUUUCCACACUAGGGGAACACUCUGGAACAAUAUAAGGCACUAUUUUGAAGUUGCUUGUUCUCCGGGACCUUUAGUUUGUAUUUUACUUUGAUGGUGUUAUUGGAAGAGCCAUGUUUUUCGAGUUCUUGCAGGAACUUAUAUCCACGUUAGAAGUUUCUCAGUCUAAGAGGUUCUCCAAAUGGUUUUGUAAGCACCUUGUAUGUGUUUGCAAAUGUAUUUACUUUUUUUAGGCCUAA